AGUUGCAGAAAGCAAUAUACUAUUAUCAUAUAUAUGCAGAAGUACAAGUUUAUCGGAGGAGGAGGGUGGUGAAAUUUUCCGGUGGCUGACAUCCAAUGUGGAAUCCCACAUAAUCCCAAAUUCUCCUGUUAUUCUGAUUUUCGUACUUAUCCUUUUUCUUUUUCCAAAAUUUCCAAUCCUACUAGUACUAGGAAAAGCAAUCUUCUUUAUUUACGCAUUAGAUUUGAGUGAAUGGCCUUGGCAUUGCCAAUUUGCAAAAAAGUGGAAUCUUGGGGUUUUCCACAUUCAAAUCAACCCUUCCCCAUCAUCUCUACCGCCCUGUAUAUUACAAUAUAAUGCCGAUGCUGGCGACUCAAAUCGCCGCCGAUAAAACCCCAGGAUUAGAGAAAGGGGAAAAAGGAUCCCACGAGACCGUGAAACGAUCUUCAAAUAAUUUGAAGAAGUUAUUUACUAAAGCGUUACGUUCCACCGGUGUUAAAUCCAUCUUCAAAUCCAAAACUAAGCCGCCUAAGACUCCUAUUGAUGUUGUUCGCCGGGUGACGUUCCUACUGGCUGCCCUUGACUGCAAUGUUGAUCCCAAGCGUUUUGAUAAGAUGCAAGAAUUGGAUUCUCUUUUACAUGAGAUGAAAUCAAUCUUGUAUGGCAGUAAUGAAUGUGAACCUGCUGUUGAAGCCUGUGCGCAACUGACUCAGGAACUUUUUCGAGAUAAUACACUGCGUCUCAUCAUCCUUUGUCUUCCUAAAUUGAACUUGGAGGCCCGUAAAGAUGCCACGCGAAUUGUUGCGAAUUUGCAAAGGCAACCAGUUAAUUCACGUUUGAUUGCUUCUGAUUACUUGGAAGCCAACCCGGACCUUAUGGAUCAUUUGGUAUCUGGGUAUGACGAUCCUGGUCUUGCUUUGCAUUAUGGAGCAAUGUUGAGAGAGUGCAUUCGACAUCAAGUUGUUGCAAGAUAUGUGCUAAGGUCGGAGCAUAUGAAAAGGUUCUUUGACUACAUGCAAAUCCCAGAAUUUGAUGUCGCAGCAGAUGCUACAGCGACCUUUAAGGAGCUUAUGACCAGGCAUAAGUCCACAGUUGCUGAAUUUCUCUUUGAAAAUUAUGAUUGGUUCUUUACUGAGUUUAAUGCAAAGCUUUUGGAAUCAGCAAACUACAUUACCAGAAGACAAGCUAUCAAGCUUUUGGGAGAUAUUUUGCUUGAUCGCUCAAAUUCUCCUGUGAUGACACGCUAUGUUAGCUCAAAGGAUAAUUUAAGGAUUUUGAUGAAUCUUUUGAGGGAGUCUAGCAAGAACAUUCAGCUAGAUGCAUUCCACGUGUUUAAGCUUUUUGUUGCCAAUAGAAAUAAACCUUCUGACAUUGUCAACAUACUCGUGGCCAACAGAAGCAAGCUUUUGCGCUUCUUUGCAAGCUUCAGGAUUGAUAAAGAAGAUGAACAAUUCGAGGCUGAUAAAGCUCAAGUUGUGAAAGAAAUUGCAGAACUUGAAGCGAUAGGACCUCUUUUCUCAGGAGAACUGCAUAAGUUCCCCCCUACACCUACUGCUUCAGGAGAACUAUAUAAGACACCAACUGCGCGCAUAAGACAACUCAUAUAAUUUCCAAAAACUAUGUUGAAGAAUAGUAACGAAACCAACAACCUGCUCUGGAGAACCGUAAAUGCUUUAGUAUAUGGGUCAUUGUUUUACGAAUCAUACAAACAAAUAAUUUUUUUUUCUGUUUUUCUGAUAUGGUGCUGAUCAACGAAUACUAAUUGCAGUAGAGUGGCAUAUAUCUCUGUUCAAAUUAUUUGAAAGAGCGGAGAAUUGAUUCAGAAGGACGUGCGUAUAUGGUGUAGAACAUAAUUUUUCAAAUUUAUUAAUGUCUGCUAACAACUUUAUAUAACAUGUAAGUUGUAACGACCAUGUUCCUGAAUUUGCCAUAAAUGAAUUGGGAGAGAA